AUGUUUCUAUCAGACAUAAAUCUAACUUCCAAGGUCACAUUCACCCUCUUGGGUUUCUCAGAUUAUCCAGAACUGCGGGUUCCACUCUUUUUGCUGUUUCUGGCAAUCUACAGCUUCAGUGUGGUAGGGAACCUGGGAAUGAUUGUGAUUAUCAAGAUUAACCCGAAACUGCAUACUCCCAUGUACUUCUUCCUCAGCCACCUCUCCUUUGCAGAUUUCUGCUAUUCUUCCAUCAUCACUCCCAAAAUGCUGGUGAACCUAGUUAUAGAAGACAGAACCAUUUCAUUUUUAGGGUGCAUAAUCCAAUUCUUUUUCUUCUGUACAUUUGUUGUCACUGAGCUGAUUCUGUUUGCUGUGAUGGCCUAUGACCGCUUUGUUGCUGUCUGCAACCCUUUGCUUUACACGGUUGUCAUGUCCCAGAGGCUCUGUGCCUUACUGGUGCUGGGGUCAUAUGCAUGGGGUGUAGUGUGCUCCUUGACACUUACCUGUUCUGCAUUAAAAUUAUAUUUCCGAGGUUUCAACACCAUCAAUCACUUUUUCUGCGAAUUGUCCUCCCUAAUAGCCCUCUCUUGCUCUGAUUCUCAUAUCAGCCAGCUACUCCUUUUUAUAGUUGCCACCUUCAAUGAGGUAGGCACACUAUUUAUCAUUCUCACAUCAUAUUUGUUCAUUAUUGUCACUGCCCUGAAAAUGCAUUCAUCUAGUGGGCACCGCAAGGUCUUCUCCACCUGUGCUUCCCACAUGACAGCCAUCACCAUCUUCCACGGUACCAUUCUAUUUCUCUACUGUGUGCCCAGUUCCAAGAACACCAGGCACACUGUCAAAGUGGCCUCUGUGUUUUACACAGUGGUGAUCCCCAUGCUAAACCCCCUGAUCUACAGUCUGAGAAAUAAGGAUGUCAAAGACACAGUCAACAAAAUGAUGAAUGUAAGAUAUUUUUCUCAGUGA